CGGCCCUAUCCGCAAACUCGCUCCGAUCCCUCGACGCCGAGAUGUCGAAAUGCUCGCGAAACCAUCUCGGCCGGCCAAUCUCGGACGGCACCGGCGGGUUCAAAGCCGCCGUCGUCCACGAGAUCUCCCCAAUCGCCAACCCCAAGUUCAGCAAGAUGUCUGGGAUCCAGGAGUGGCGCAACGUCGUGACGUUGUUCGUAAACGUCGGAGAUAAGCACGGCAACUCGUACGAUAACGUCUUCACGCACUGCGGGGGUAGGAUCACGUGGUUCGCGCAACCGAGGCAAGGGGAAGACACGCCGGUGAUUCAGCGCAUCGUCAAGACGAAGGACGGGAGCGGGAUGGACGCGCUGGCGCUGGCGACGGCGCCGGCGGGGUUGAUUCCGGGCGACGAAGAAGACGAAGAGGGCGACGAGCGCACCGGAGCUGAAGCUGAAACUGGGGCCGAAGCCGGAGCCGAAACCGGCGCUGAAGCCGAAACUGAAACCGAAGCCGGAGCCGGAGCCGGCCGGGGGAAAGGGAGGCAACGUAGGGACAAGGAGUGGCCGGUGCACCUGUUCUGCCGCAUGGAAGGGUGCGAGUACGUGUACUGCGGCCGUCUGCGAACGAUCGAUCACGACCCCCGCGCUCGACCGAUGAAGUUUACGUUUCGACUGCUAGACGCGCCGCUGCUGCGAACGUCGGACGAUUUCCUCGGGUUGGUGGACCUAGCGGACGCGGACGCGGACCCUGGGCUGGGCGGUGCCGGGAAAAAGGCGCCUCGAUAAGGAUCGCGCCUCGCUGAGGGUCGUAAAAUCGGUUCGUUCGUCGCGUUUGUC